AUGCCACAACCUCGUCGUGGAAUCGCCCAUAGUGGUGGGAGAAGCGCCCAGCCAGAUCCUUCCGUUCCAACGCCGAAUAGGCGAAGUCGCGUCGUAGCGAACUUCAGUGCGAUCCUUGCCCGGCGUGGUGCAGCUGGGUUCCGACAUAUUGGUGGUCUUGAGCCCGCACAGGACGAUACCGACGAGGAUGAGUCGGAGCUAGAUGAUCUCCAGUUUGGCGAGCCCGACGAGAUUGACGAUGAAGAAGAGGAAGAGGAGGAUGAUAGCGAUGAUCAGUUGGUUCCUUUGGACAACGAUGAGACCGACGAGGAGGAAGAUCAGAGUGAAGAAGAGAUUGAGGAAGGAGAAGAUGAUGAUGUUGAGGGCGAAGAGGAGAUUGAGGAAGAAGAAGAUGAGGAUGAAGAGAUUGAUGGUGCUAAUGCAUCAGGCCAUGAUCAAGCUACCCCUUCCCUGGCUGGCCUCAAGGAAAUUGGCCAUCUUGCAUCAUGGACUGUCUCUACCUCAAAGCCCGGGUGUGGAGUUGCAGAGCUCCGAUCUGAGGACACCAACCUCUUUUGGCAAUCCGAUGGCCCACAGCCUCAUCUAAUCAAUAUCCACUUCGCGAAGCGCGUCUUCGUCAAGCGUAUCCGUGUUUUCCUCGACUAUGGUCAAGAUGAAUCUUACACGCCAACUAAGAUCGCCAUUUACGCCGGGACUGGCUACCAUGACCUUCAGGAAGUCUGUAUCCUCGAGUUCCACCAGCCUACUGGAUGGCAGGAAGCUCCGUUGGAGGGCGUUCAUGCAGACGGGAUUUUGCGUACUUUUCUGAUUCAAGUCUGCGUCCUCUCCAACCACCAGAAUGGUAAAGAUACCCAUGUCCGUGGUCUCCAAAUUUACUCGCCUCUACAGUAUCUCGAAUCGCAGGCGACUCUCGUCGGCGGACUGGAGCUCGACGAGCCUAAUGCUGGCGACAUUAGCAAGCUCUCGCCUAUGUGGUUCAAUGAAAAGGAAAUCCCCUUCAAUACGGUUAAGAUGAUGUCCGAGCUUGAACUGCGAAAUAAUGCCGCUAUUCCACCUGAACCUCAAAUGUCACAGGAACAAAAAGAGGCUAGAGUUUUAAGGAGGGUUGACCCUGAUGAACCAACCCCCCCACGCCCACGGCCAGCUCCAAAAUCAAAUCUUAGUGAUAGAAUUGAGUGGGAAGAUUUUGAUCCCCUUAUGAUGGAGCUUCGCUAG